UGAACCCGCGGGUCGCCCAGGAGCCUGGGCCGGCUCCACCACCACAAGCUCCAUCUCAAAAUUGCGAUGCGCCUCGCGUCGGCGUCGCUCUUCCAGCGCGGCCGCCUGGCCAUGCGUCCACCGGCGCUGCUGACCUCAGCCACGGCGCGCCGCUUCUUCGCAGUGCAAAGCUUCCAGGACUUAGGCGUGGAUGUCCGUGUCGUGGCGGGCCUGAAGGAGAUGAACAUCACGACGCCUACAGGUAUCCAGCAAAAGAGCAUCCCAGCCAUCCUUGGACGCCAUGACGUGCUGUGCGCGGCUCAGACGGGCACUGGCAAGACACUUGCCUAUUUAGUCCCCGUUGUGGAGCAGAUUCUACGCAAGGAGGUGGCCAAGAAGAAGGAACAUGAUGCCAAAGGACCCUACGAGGUCGUACUUGGCCGUCCCAGUGCGCUGGUCCUGCUACCCAGUCGCGAGCUGGCAUUGCAGGUAGCCUCUGUGGCUAAACAGCUAUCGCACUCAGCUAAGUUCGCGUCCUGCACCAUCACGAGCGGAGAACGCAAGAGCAUCCAACAGAGGAAUACUUCACGCCGACUCGACCUGAUCAUCGGCACACCUGGCCGUGUGGCCAAAUGCAUCAGCAAGGGGGACUUCUUCGUCUCCCGUAUUGAUACAGUGGUUGUAGAUGAAGCGGACACGCUAUUUGACGCCAAGAUGGGCUUCCGAAAGGAGCUCGAUGCGGUGCUGGGACCGAUUCAGGCCAGUGCGGCCAAGCGUAACCAGCCACUGCAGAUGAUCUUAGCGGCGGCCACAAUCCGCUCUCCUAUUGACCAGAUUCUCAAGAAAAAGUUCGGUGAGCUUCGCGUUGUGAGCGAUGACAAGAUCCACAAGACGCCGUCUUCCAUCAGAGAAGAGUUUGUACGGGUUAAUCCCGAGUCCAAGCACUCGGCGUUGCGUGAAGCAUUGCAUCUGCACAGGCGCCGCGCGGCAAAGACCAUAAUUUUCUGUCGUAACUCGGCAAGCGUGCGCUCCACAGAGCACAUGCUGCGUGAACACGGCUUUCAGGACUCUGCGUGUCUUCACGGCGACAUGCCGCCGGCUAGACGGCACGAAGCUAUCCACGCUUUCACUGAAGAUCCCAACGUAAAUAUCUUGGUGUGCACUGAUCUGGCAGCUCGUGGUCUGGACGUGGAGUCAGUGAAGCACGUGGUUAUGUUUGACUUCCCGAAAUCCGCCGUUGACUAUGUGCACCGUGCUGGUCGUACCGGCAGAGCUGGCGAGCAGGGACUUGUGACCAGCCUCGUAACCAAACACGACCUCGCUCUCGCCAUGAGCAUCGAAAACUCCAAGCGAAGUAACAGUACCAUCAAGGAGCUACGGGUAGACUCUUCUUCAAGUUUGCCUUCACUAGGAUCCCAACAAACAGCGUCGGGUGACAACAGAAAGAAGGCGAGCAAAGCUCCAUCAAGGAAGCGUGGAGGCUUUGGUCGUGGCACGAAAAAGCUGCAGAAACACAAGAUUAGAACGCCACGUCCGAUUCGGUAAAGAAAGCAGCUUACUUGGCCCUAUAAAGGGUGAUAGAAACCAAACAAUUUCAGGUGGUAAUGGGAAGACCAGUUCAUCUAUCGUAUAAUGCAAUUAUCUAAGCUUCUUGGAGUUGUUGCGCGC